CUCACAAAUGCGCGUCAACCGCCAACUUCCACUUUGCCGACAGCACUUUUCGUUAGUCCCAGUUUAAAUGUGUUUCUCCCGAUAAAAAGAAAUCCGAGGAUUAUCGAGCUUAUUUUCCUCGUUUUUUUGUCAAUAAAAUUUCAAUCCCUCCUUUUCUUAUUCAAGCCUCCCCCCCCCAAAACCCCCUGCAAAUCGAUACCCAUCAGUCUCUCUGGUUUCUGGUGGCUCUAAUUGGACUGAUGUAUACGGCAAUUCAGGGGGAUCGAUUGCCCUGUCAAUUGAAAAUAGCGAAACAAAAGUAUCGUAUCAGAAAUUGAUAGAUGUGGUUAUUUACUUCCUCGUGACCAGCACUUGAUGGAUCGGUGGCAGUUUUUUUCUUUGUUAAUAGUGAAAUUUUUAAGAGUGGAAUUUUGACUUUGUGGAGAAGAAAAAUGAUAGUCGUCUCAUCGAUGGAUGACGAUGUGGGAGUUAAAAUAGAUGCAAUGUUUGUGGUAUCGUGGUCAAUGGGAACAGUGUAUCACACGUAGUGGAUUACGUGGUGAAUACAAUGGUGUGAAAGUGAGAGUUUAGUUGUGUCAAUUAACGCUUUUGUGGUUGACCCCAAUGCGAAUUACUGGCGUCAUUCAGGGGUACUGACUGAUUUGGGAAGUACGAUGCAUGCGGGAAUGAGAAGUGCGUUUGUUGGGGCCAGUAGGAAUACGGCGAUUAACACCCGAAGGUAUGAAACAGUUAUUGGAGAGACGGCGAUAACGUUUGGUAAUCAUCGAGUUGAAUGGGUGGGCCGGGCACCGAGCGGGCAACGAGGCACAAGCUGAACGGGGUGCCACACAACGUCGGUCACGGGGAUCACAUCCUCGUUAUCGGCGAACCCGCUGGUGCCUGUCGUUGCUAUCACCACAAUCACACACCAAACGAUCCGAUAAUCCACGAUUAUCUCAGCAUACCGCACGACAUAACCACGAGUAUCAGCAAUUUGACUCUUGACACGAUCAACAACAAUCAUCAAGAGGUGUACAAAACAACGAAAUUUGACAGCGACUGCGCUAAGACAACGAUGUCAUCACCACCAAAGCAUCGACGUGGCUUUGAUCCAAGUGAUACAACCGGCGGUGGUGAUUACCGGCGAUAUCGUCGCGUCAAAACGCGAAAAUGCUUUGUUUGUUAUCACCGUGAUGUUGGAAGAUGGAGUUGCUAAUGGGCAUCACUGAUCUCCCGACAACCAUUCCGCAAUGGCACGAGUUUGACACUUUGCUUGCGAUGUAUCAAUGUUGGAUCGGCUUAACUGAUUUAAAAAAAAAAUCAUUUGCGAUGGUGUGUCAGACCCGAUUAAGGCUGGAUGCACCGAGUACUUCACGCAACUGCUCCAAGCUUUACAUGUCUCGAUGUUCCACCGCUUCAGGGGUAUCCUGGGGAGAAUGAAGAACACCAUUUGAGAGACGUAACUGCACGCACAUCAACGGAACCGGCAGAUUGUCAAUGUUCUUGUGGUAUUCCCUCUUGAUUUUUUAAUGGUGGCACUUGUAUUUCACUCGGAUGUAGGACACUCCGAAUAAAGACUGGA